ACGUCUCCGCGGUGUGACGCUGUUCGUGCGGGAACUUAAACCAACCUGCUUUGUGUCCAUCUGCAAAGAUUUGGUGCAGCUUUUCUUAUGAAACGGAGUUUUAUCCGCUGCAGUAUGAAUUUCACCCAUGGGGGAAAUUCACAUUUUCCAGCAGCUCUUGACAUGUUUGUCUGGUGCUUGCAGAUCAUAGCACAUGGAGUCAGAGAGAGGUGAAUCCCUGCCGUCGUCUUCCAAUCCAGUGGAGGUCGUCAACUCCAUCCGUGAGCGUACGAUUGCAGAGAACAGCAUGGUGGUGCUGCUGCAGGGUCUGCACGGAGAGGUGACCACAGUGGACCUGAGAAACGAGAGCACGGCCCGGGGACGCGUGGUCAACGUGGACGCCUUCAUGAACAUACGCCUGGAGGAGGUGGUGUACAGGGACCGCCGUGGUCGGCUCACUCAGCUGCAGGACAUGUUUAUCACCGGCAGGAAUGUCCGCUAUGUUCACAUCCCAGACCACAUGGACAUAAUGAAGACCAUACAGAGCCAGCUGGCCAAGAUCCACAGAGUCCGCAACUUUGCCAGUCAAGGAGGAGGAAGAAAAGAGUUCAAGAAAACCAAGAGGCCUCUUCCUCUUCUUCUAUAAGGCAGAAUAACAACAAAAAUUGCCGAAACUUCCACCCUACAGCUUUAAUUAAAGUAAGUUUUAAUUUAAAAGGAAGCUACUGUGACAUAUAGGGUUAGGGUAAGCUGUUGUGAGGAAUAGUGAGUGUGGGUGUGAGCCAAUGAAUGUCAGUGUAUCUGCUCUUGAGUCAUCCUGUCAUCCACCACAAAGCCCAUCUGUCUUUCUGACGAUGAUACCAGCCCAGAGUUAAUAACUGCCCAUACGCAGGAAAACAUUAGUCACAUUCAGUGACAGUGUGGUGGAGAGAAAAACAAGUGGUCACGUUGUACCUCACAAACAUCCCUGCUGCGGCGACCUGUCACUCUCUCUCACUCUCUUACUGUGACAUCCAGCCGAGCAUGGAUGGGACUUAGUGCUUUUGGCCAAUUGAAAUGAGCAGAGCGGCUGAAAGGAAGAGAGUGUUUCACUUGGAAAGUGCCGCCCCAGUCUUUUGCUGAUGCACAAAUACAAUUGGGAAUUUGAGGAAUUUGCAAAGGGGUAUGUUAUUCCUAGACCGUGUCAGGAAGAGGACAAGCCUGACAUAACACCAGCAGUGGAGGGAAGA